AUGGUGCUGCUGAGUCCUUCAAUAUGUGGAAUCAGAAGGUUACUAUCGAUAUGUGAAGUAUAUGCUGAGAAGCAUGGGCUGAAGUACAAUCCAAUUAAAAGUGAGCUGUUGGUGUUUAGAGGUAAAAAUAAAAACCCUUCGUAUGUUCCACCUGUAACACUCAGUGGGUCGCUCUUGAGGAGAGUAACCAAGUUUAAAUACCUAGGACAUAUUGUUACUGAGGAUUUAAAGGAUGAUUUGGAUAUGGAAAGGGAGCGAAGGGCGUUGGCUGUUAGGGGAAAUAUGGUGGCAAGGAGGUUUGCUGGUUGCCCAGUACCAGUCAAAAUAACGCUUUUCAAAGCUUACUGCCAGACCUUCUACACCAGCAGCCUCUGGGCCAAUCAUACCCAAAAGGCUGACAAUACCUUGAGCAUCCAAUAUAAUAAUGCUUUUAGGGCGAUGUUGAGACUGCCACCAUACUGUAGUGCAUCGGGCAUGUUCGCGGAUGCACAAACGGACGACUACUUCGCUAUUAUGCGUAAGAAAGUUGCGUCGCUGGUACACAGAGUCAGGGGAAGUACCAACAGCAUCCUUAAAGUAUUCGCGGAUAUACUGGAUGGGCCUGCACUGGAUAGGUUUAUCAAGCUGCAUGUUUUACAUGCAACUUGA